UAUGUUAACAUGAAAGAAAAUUACGUGUAGUUAUUAAAUGCAUAUUCAAGUAUGUUUUGCCCAAACAAAUAAUAACAAAGGGAAGACAUUAUCCACAAGGAAUUUCAAUAUUUAAAAUGCAGCACUGGGUAAAAGGAGGGAGAAAUUCUGCACUAAGUUGCACGAGUCUUUUACAGCCUCCGUUGUCCAGAUACUCUUCAAUACAGUUCAGUGCAAUUCUUGAUGAAAUAUGACAGGAGUAAUAAGCUUACUGUCCAGAAACUGUGGCUGCACUACAAAAGACCAAUCUUGACUGUAAUAAGAGGAGACAGACCAGUUGCUUUUAGAAAAUUGACUACAAUCUUACGUCUUGUUUACUUGAAUUACAUCUUUUACCUGUCUGCAUCCCUCUUCCUUCUCAGUUCCUUCAAAGUCUAAUGAGCAGCAGCAAUUUCCAGUGUAUUACUACCACUUUAUUCUCUCUUAAUCUACAUGUAAAUCCUUAUUCCUUUAGGUGACUUGUUUGCUCUCUUAAAUAAUUACAGACAUGUUUUUAUGAGACAGCAAAAGCUGUUUCGCUGGUGCCAGUAGAACACUGCUUUUUCUACACUUCAGGAUUUGGUACCUAAGCUAAUAUAGCACUGGAUUUUUUUUUUCUGUUGUUUUUCCUCCUUUCUCUUAUGCGUACGUUGUAAAUUCUUUAGGACUCUGUGGAUUUUCAUUACCGGUAUACCAGUCUAAUACUGUCAUGCUCUGAAAUGUGAGAGCUAGUGAGUUUUCACAGUGAAAGAGGGACAUGGAGUGACCCUUUGGGAAUAAGCAGUAACCUUAAAAUACCUCCUUGUAGAGCUAUUUGUUUGAUUCUCCUUAGGUUUUACAUUGUCUACCUUGUUUAAUCUUCCUUGCCCCACUAUGCUUCUACUUGUGCUGUUUGCAACAGUAAUGCUUUGUGAGGUGGUCUUGCAGAUUUUUCAUGAGGAGCUGAAAAAAAAAGUUAGCUUUUAAAAUUAUUUGUUUUGUUUACAGAAAAAAUAAACUGCAAAAAAAAAUCAAAUUUUUUAAGUCUUGUAGAGGGAUUAUCGUAUGGAAGUAUUCUAAAAUGCUUAAGCAGGCUAACAAAAGUGGACAUGCAUAUGAAGAAAUAUGGAAGGUAUUUAGCAAUCUGAAACAAUGAAAUAUGUCCUGUCAAUCAUGAAUUAUUUUAUUUUUUUCUUAAUGAAAAGCCUGCCUUAGUUUUCAGAACCAUAGAAGGUGUUUGUAUGUGUGGAUAUUAUGGGUAAAAAUAGUGAGUAAACUGAUUUGGGAAAUACUUACUUGUUUUUAUUAUUUAGAGUAGAAUAAUUGAAUACAAUAUCUGAGAUAAAGAGCUGCUGAAGGAGCAUGGCGAUUUUAAGUACCUAGUAGACAUCAAGAAAACCACAAAUCAUUGUUAUGAAUACUCAGUGCCUAAGCAGAUGAUUUUUGGGAGGCCAAGGGAAGAGAAAAUCAUCAAAAAAUGACAACCUGUCUCAAGAUUGUAUCCCUGUCCUUAUUCUCUCUUUCUCUUGAGCGAAAGAUACUACUCAUUGUGUGGAAGGAGAUGAGAGGAAGUUUCUUUGACUCACCUUAUUUGAUUAGCCUCCCUGCUAAUCCUAUUGUCUUCUGGCAGUCAGUGAGGUUGAAAACUGACAAAGCUUUGCGUUUAAGUAUCAUUGGAGAAAAACUGCAAUGGUUUCAAAGUCACCUUGACCCCGACAAAAUCGAGUACACAAAGAAGGAAGCUGGUGAACUCAUUGAAAGUUAUAUGUGUCGAUUCAAUGCUGAGUUGGAGCAGAUUGAAUUACAAAACAGUAUUAAAGGUAGACAAGGAAGACAGCAUGGUUCACGGGAAACCGUCAUCAAGCAGACAAUAGAACGUGAAAGGCAACUCUAUGAGGGCUAUGGAAUGGAAAUUCCAGACAUCAUGAACAGAAAGCAUCUCAAAUUUUUCAGAGAAUGGGAUGGUGAUCUGAGGAAACUGCCAAACAUCAAAAUGAAAAAGCUCUCAGCUAAGGAUGCUGCUUGCAGUCACCCUGAGGUGGCAGAUGAGGAAGCAAAAGAAGACUUGAAUAAAGGAGAAGAGGUACCGCUAAUGAUUAAAGAAGAAGAGGUGGCCCCAAUGAGCACCAGCUGAUUUGAGAGCUGAAACAGUGAAGGAAAUUAUAAGAAACCUAUUUUAAUUAUCACUGGAAACAAAAAUAAAAUUUAACUAUAUUUUUAAA